GAUGCGGCGCUUCCUGAUGUCUGCUGUGCGACGGCUGCAAUAAUGAGGAACCCCGUGGCCUGUGUCUCGUGCCGGAGCGCGAAGCAAAAGUGCAUCCACAACGACGCCCCACCCUGCGAGCGCUGCAAAACGAGCGGGCGGGCGGCGCUCUGCGAAUUCCCACCGCCGGGCACGAGCGCAAUCCACCGCAAGCCGAAGCGCCCACGACAGGAGUCUGGUUCGACGCCGCCGUCGACCACCGUGACACCCCAGCAGCCCCUGUACCGCCGCAGCGACGCGCCGACCGGCACCGGCAUCAGUCCCGCCAAUGCCGCCCAGCACGCCUCGCCGAACUCGACGGCAUCUCUGCUCGACGGCAUCGACCCCUUCGAUCUGCUCACCGACGAAGUGAAGAACAGCUACCUGCGCUGUUCGUACAAAUGGAGCUUUCAUCACACGCCCACCUUGCUGCUGCGCAUCCGCGAUAGGACGUUGGAGAUAUGGAUGGCCUGGGCCAUUCUCGCCCUGGCCAUCAGGUUCGUAAAAGAACCUCCAGCGCCCUUCAAGACGCAGACAGAGGCGAGCAAUGCCUUCGCCGCCCACGCCCGCCAGAUCCUCCAGUCCGACCUCGAGACGCCCAGCAUUAGCCGCGUACAAGCUCUGUUGAUGUUGACGGGCCACGAUUGGGGUGCUGGAAAUGGGCGCAGAGCAUGGAUCUAUCUGGGGAUGGCGAUACGGCUCGUCGAGGUCAUGGACCUCACACAGGAGCUAAAGGCGCCAAAGGACCGCCCACCCACGCGCGAGGAGUUUAUUGAGGCAGAAGUGCGCCGGCGGACAGCCUGGACGUGUUUCCUCAUGGACUCGCUCUUGAGCGGCGGCAAGGGACGCAAGCGAUCGUUGACUGCCGGCGAUAUGACCAUUCAGCUUCCUUGCGAGCGGGAAAGCUUCGUCUUCGGCGAACCUGUAUGCACUGAACAUCUUUUGGACCCGUCCCUGCGUAUGCCGCCUCUAUCAAUAAACGUUGGUGAGCUUGGCAUCAUCGCGUACAGCAUGCGAGCCGCCAACAUCUGGGGCAAGGUCGCUCGAUGGGCUUGCUCGGAAGAUCUCAAGGCAGAACUCCCCUGGUCGCCAACCUCACAAUUUCAGCAGCUCAUUAUUGAACUCGAAGCCUGGAAGAAGUCCCUUCCGCCUCGAUUGCAAUACGACCUUUUCUCGCUCCACAGCCACAAUGCAGUGGACCAAGGGCAGGCGUACUGCUAUAUGCACAGCAUAUAUUUCAUGAGUUAUAUGUUCCUGCACCGUGCAUACCUUCCAGUCCUAGGGCCGCAGAACGUGCCGGAAGAGACACCCAACUCGUAUAGUGAGCACACAGAAAUGUGGAAGAACUGGCAGAAGACGUCCAGAAAAGAGCUAUUCAACGAGGCAUCUAUGGUCUUGGAGAUGCUCGAGGAGAUGCGUACAUUUGGCGUCUUCUUUCUCCGUGGUCUAGUACCGUGGAUAGGCUUCACCAUCUACACCGCCGUCGGAGUGAUGCUGUAUAGCUUCAACUUCCCCAGUGGAGAAGAUGAUCCCCGGAUCACAGAGAAGGCACGAGACCGUGUCAUUCGAGGGUGUACGUUCUUGAAGGAGAUGAAGACCCAGUGGCCCAUGGCAGAGACUUGGUUUGAGACAAUCAAGCGCAUGCAGGCGUAUUAUCGCACUGUACUCGGACAAGACGGCCCUGUGUCGCCCGACGAACGGCAGGCACUCCGACGCGCUAUGAUCGACUAUGGCGCGUUGCAACCUUCACCAGUCCAGAAACCGGUAGAUGUGAAGCCGCCACCAGAUGCAACCAUCGUGCGGAACAGUAUAUCUCGGGAGCAGCCUCCUGCGAAUGCUCCUCUCGUCAGUCCGCCCGCGUCGACCCCGAACGGCUACAAUCCGAAUUUUUCGUGGAACGCGCAACAUCCUAUCCCUCCUCUUGAGGAUGAUGAGACCUUCAAUCUUAACUGGGAUUUUUCUAAUGCGGAUAUGGAAGAGAUUAUGAUGAAUGCCACGCAGGAUUUCUGGGCUUCUUUUCCGGGCGAGGUUGGUGUGGGAUAUCAGUAA